CGCCGUCAUAAAACUUUGAGAAUUCUCAAAAAAAUUCUCAACUCAACUCUUGAGAAUUACUCAGCUAAGAAUAUUCUCAAAUCAGCCGUCAUAAAUCGAUUUGAGAAUAUUCUUAGAUGAGUAUAUUCUCAAGAGUUGAGUUGAGAAUCUUAUCGUGCGCGACAGUUUUCGCGGAAUUUUUUCAGCGCUGGUAGCGGCCCUGUAGAGCUCUUUAAUGUUAAAAAGGUGAGAAAACGUCAUAGAAACAUGUAAAUAUACCAAUAUUACGUCUUGAAAUUUUGUCGUCUGCUGCAUUUCCUUUUAAUAUGGAGACGAUGGAAGUAAAAAAGAAAGCUAGGGCACAAAAUUGGACCGCUGAGGAAGAAGUUCUGUUAAUAGAGGAAGUGAAAGCGAGAGCAGAAAUCCUCUUUGGACCUCUGAAGGGUUGUGGAAAGUCCGGAAAGAUUAAAGAAAUAAAAGACAGAGAAUGGCAAAUGGUUGCUGACAAGUUAAAUUCACAAUUCGACAACAAGAUGAGAGGUCUGGAGGAAGCGAAGAAAAAAUAUUACAACAUUAAACAGAGAAGCAAAGAAAAACUUGAUUCAGUCAAAAAGCCCAAGACAGGAGGAGGUCCACCCCUCCCACCACUAACACCUGGGGAAGAGACUUUUCUGAACUUGUCAGUAGGCCAACCAAAUGUCCAUGGUUUAAAUGGAGGUGUUGAUUCUGAUGAGCAGCAGAUUACCAACUCCAUUCAAAAUGAAAACAAUACUUUCUGGUGAAAAGCGGUAUCUUUGGAAGAUUUCGUCCUCCUCCAGACUCUCAAGAGGAUUACUAAGGUCCCGAAAUACCCGAGGUCGUCUUAAAAUGCGCUGAUUUUGUCUCCUCUGACGUCUGCGUCUGAUCAUAGCAGCCAUUUUUAAUGCUUGAGAACGUUCUUAAGUCUGCAUUUUUGUAGACUCAAAUAUUUGAGAAUAAAACUGAUUUUGAGAAU